AUGGCAAUAAUCGAAGGUACUACACAUGCAAUAGAAUGUGCAAUGAUAACUGUAUGAACAACUCUUGUGACUAUUGGAAUGGCCAAUGUGAUCGAGGCUGUAUGAACGGAUAUCAUGGCGAUUAUUGUAACGCUACAUGCCCAGUACAUUGUUUGAACGGAACAUGUGAUCAGAACCGCGGUACAUGUGAACGUGGCUGUAAGAACGGAUAUUACGGUCUUGAGUGUGUGAAUCGCUGCAUAAGCGUUGACUCGAAAUGUACCGUUUGUACUUCAAGUCAAAACACAUUUAGUUAUUGUACACGUUGCAUUAAUGGAACAUACCCUGGAUACAGCGGGAAGUGCGUUCCAUGUGAACCGAAUUGUUCUGGAGGAUGUAACUCAUCCACGGGAGUAUGUUAUGCAUGUGUAGAUGGAUAUUUGGGAUCUUUCUGUAACUUUCCUUGUGCAUCGAAUUGUAAAUCGUGCCUCGAUAAUAAUAGUGAAUGUAAUGAAUGCGAAGAGGGGUUUUGGGAUAAUUUAUGUUUAAACAAUUGCAGCACUAACUGUAAACAGGGAAAUGAUUCAAUGUCCAGAUGUAAUAUUACUUAUGGAAAAUGCAAACACGGAUGUGUAUCUGGAACUUUUGGCUCAUAUUGUGAUCGUCUGUGUGACAAACAUUGUCUCGCCUCUGAGGGUGGAGCUCUUGAGUGCAUACAAAAGGAUGGCCAGUGCACACUGGGAUGUGGGAAUGGGUACAUACAAACAGAUGAAGGAUGUAUCGAUGCUCCAUUACACAGCACAUUUUCCCAAGCAUCCGUCACGACCCCAAUCAACAAAGAUGAUAGCACCAGUGUUGGAACGUCUUGGGCAGUUAUAGGUACUGCUUGUGGAGUUGUCGCCAUUCUUGCACUUGUUCCUGUCAUAGCCUUAUUCAUAAGAAUAAGAAAGGACAAUUACGACAGACCAAACAAAGACGACUAUGAAGCAGCCCAUCAAGACAAUAUGGUGAUUUCAAGAACAUCAACAAAGAAAUACAAACCACAACAAUUAAGGGACUCAGCGGUAAAAUCAGAACAUGUGGCGAUGGACGUCCUUAUCAAAACUCCUGCCAAUAAUGCUCCAAAAAACGUGACACAAGACAAAGACACCGGCGAUGUGUACUGCAGUGUGAAUAAGGUUACUGUUAAAGAACUUGGAGCUCUUGUGGCCUCCAUGGACAGGGGAUAUUACAUUGAUGAGUUUCAGAAACUUCCUGAAGGAAUGCUAAAAACAUAUCAAGAUGCAAUGAGGCCAGAAAAUCGUUUUAGAAAUAGAUAUCAAGACAUCUACCCAUACGAUGACAGUAGAGUAAAACUGAUGGGCGGAGAUACGGAUUUUAUCAACGCCAGUUUUGUAGACGGAUACAAACAGGAAAAUGCAUACAUUGCAUCUCAAGGUCCAACACAUAAGACCAUGCAGGACUAUUCGGUGUUCUGGCGGAUGGUUUGGCAGAAUAAAGUGGGCAAGAUCGUCAUGCUCACCAAUUUAGUGGAAGAAAUGAAACCGAAAUGUGACCAAUACUGGCCAGGCCAUGAACUCACCAAUCAUUACAACGAGAUAGACGUGACGUGUUUAACUGAAGACAUUUACGCCGACUUCGUGACGAAAACGUUUUCAGUGAAAAUGGAUAAAGAGGAAAGGACUGUCCACCAUCUUCAUUUCACCAGCUGGCCGGACAAAGGGGUCCCCGAUGAUGUAACUUCCCUGGUCAAUUUCCGUCACAGGGUUUUACAAACAAAAUCGCCACUUGGUGGACCUACAAUCGUUCACUGCAGUGCUGGCAUUGGCAGGACGGGAACGUACAUAGCGAUGGACGUGUUGACAAGAGAAGGUGAAGCGGAAGGAUCCGUUGACAUUCAUGGCUGUGUUACCGCACUUAGACAUCGGCGUACGCAUAUGGUUCAAACAGCUGACCAGUAUGCUUUUCUGCACCAUGCAAUUGUGCACACGUUGGUGUUAGACAGUACUCCCGUGCCCACGGUGGGAUUUGCAGCCUACAUGUCGGACCCGAAGAGCAAACACAGGCUAAUCAUACAGUUCAAGGAACUGGAAGUUAUCUCUGAAAGAUCUGAACAGGAGAGAAAAACAUCUGAGAGGAACGUAUCCUUAACAGAUUGCAACAGGGAGGGCGCUGACAUUCCAGGUAACUUGUACAUACCCAGACUGUAUUUAGGUAAAGAGCCGGGGCAGGAUUAUAUCAACGCCAUGUUUGUUAAUAGCUACAAACAAAGAAAUAACUUUGUUCUCGCAAUGACUCCACUUGAAGAGACUGUGGCUGACUUUCUUUGCCUAACGAUGCAAGACACAGCAACAUGUAUCGUUGAUAUGGAGACAGAUAGUUCCUUGUACAUUCCCACGUUGAGCACACAGGCAAAGUUUGGCUCAUUCACCGUAGACAAUCUGCAACAGACCUCAGAAAAAUACAGUGUCAUCCGUGUGCUUAGAAUAAGCUACAACGGCCGGGGAGGACCUAAGGAACACACGGUGUCACACUUCAGACUAAUUGGAUGGCCAGACAAUGCGGAUGUUCCCGAGUCCGCCACACACUUCUUGCGUUUUGUCAAGGCAGUAAAAACAAGCGCAGCAUCUGGAUCUGUCAUUGCACAUUGCAAGACUGGUGGCGGACGUUGCGGCCUGUUUGCGACUGUUUGGACGCUUCUGGAGAAAACCGACAUAGAGCACGAGGUUUCGGUGUUUAACACAGUUCGUCAGCUGCGGACGAGACAGCUAAAUGCCGUAAGGACUAGAGAGCAGUACGCAUUCUGUCACGAGUGUGUCAUCGAGUAUCUGCAAUCAUUCGACAGCCACUCUAACUUCUCGUAACAGUUCAAUAUGUGUAAAUCGGAACUACACGGCAAUUCUCCAUCAAAAACAACCUCGGGUGUAUAUGGACAGUUUACAAUGUCAGAAUUCUUUACAUUUCACUACGCUGUAUAUAGUUCGCGUAGUAAUUUCAAUUAAGCAGUUAAACCUACGGACCAUACUUUUAGGAAUAUUUAUUAUGUAUGCAAUAAAACAAUUCAGUGGGAAUCACUUUGAACUUAGUAAUACAUUCGUAAGUUGUUUCGAUGGAAAAUGGCCAAGGAGGUCCGAACGGAUAUGUCAAUAAAUUUUAGUAAAUGUUCGUAAAACGUACAAUUUGACUGACUGUACAUGUGCUCUUGUAUAUAUACAUACAUGUGCUUUGGUGACACAACUUGUGCUCUUGUAUACAUACAUGUGCUUUGGUGACACAACUUGUGCUCUUGUAUAUAUACAUACAUGUGCUUUAGUGACACAACUUGUGCUCUUGUAUAUAUACAUACAUGUGUUUUGGUGACACAACUUGUGCUCUUGUAUAUAUACAUACAUGUGCUUUGGUGACACAACUUGUGCUCUUGUAUAUAUACAUACAUGUGUUUUCGUGACACAACUUGUGCUCUUGUAUAUAUACAUACAUGUGCUUUGGUGACACAACUUGUGCUCUUGUAUAUAUACAUACAUGUGUUUUAAUGACACAACUUGUGCUCUUGUAUAUAUACAUACAUGUGUUUUAAUGACACAACUUGUGCUCUUUUAAAUAUACAAACAUGUGCUUUAGUGACACAACUUGUGCUCUUGUAUAUAUACAUACAUGUGUUUUAAUGACACAACUUGUGCUCUUUUAAAUAUACAAACAUGUGCUUUAGUGACACAACUUGUGCUCUUUUUUUCGAGUGUGUGCAUGUAAAUAUUUGCAAUUAUAAUGAAUAACUACAUAUGUCUAGAUAACACCAUAAUUAUGUGCCCUUGUCACGAUUGUGUUUUGUCUGCAAACAUUCGGUGCUUUCUUACACUUUUGUUAAAGUAACACAAAAUAUAUCCUUGUACGAUUGCUGUAUAGUUGAUUGAUGUUAUUUCAUUUAAUGUGUAUAUUAAUAGUGUAAAGAGUGCCUAAAAUUAAAUUGAUAGUUGGUUUUGUCAUACACAGUGUAUAUAGGCAAAAAAAAGUGUGUCGAUCGUUUAUUACCGUACGGGUGUAUCUGAACGAAAGUUUCAUAGACAUAUGUCAUAUUAAGUGUGUCAGACAGCCCUUGAAACCCUUGUAAGGUUCUGACUAGAAUUUGCGUUUGCAAUAAAGUACAAGAAUA